UUUGGCCCGCAAUCCCGACAUAUAAGGCAUGGCUGUUGCGAGUCGUCUGGUGUGGACUAACGUGAAAUCAGUGUGUCGGAAGCGAACUGGCUUGAUUGCCUCUGUUUACUUAUGUAAUCUACCAGCAGAUAAACAACAGCCUUCACACACUAGUCCGUCGGCCCACUGCGGUUACACUUCAAUAUAACUCGGCCGGACGUUCGAUCCUCCAUCGGCGAUCUCGAAAGCCUGCAGGUGAUCAGUUGGCCGUGCGAAAGAUGUCAUCCGAUGAUUGCCCUGAGGAUGUUUUGUUGGGGAUCGGGAAUCCUCUGCUGGACAUCACUGUCGAGGCUGACCAGGUUUUACUGGACAAGUACAAACUACUAGCCAACAAUGCCAUCAUCGCUGAACCUCAACACAUGCCUCUAUUUGAUGAUCUCGUCAAAAAUUUCACGCCAAUCUAUUUAGCGGGAGGUGCCACACAAAAUAGUAUCCGUGUUGCUCAGUGGCUACUGCAAGUUCCUAAUGCCACGACCUUUUUCGGCGGAGUGGGGAAUGAUGUGUUUAAAGAUAUCUUAGCGAAGAAAGCUGAAGAAGUUGGUGUGAGUGUUCAAUAUGAAGUUCAUCCCGAGAAAGCAACAGGUAAAUGUGCAGCGGUGAUCACUGGGGAAGACAGAUCUCUUAUAACCGAUCUAGGAGCCGCUGAGUUGUUUACGGCCGAUUUUGUCAAAGAAAAAGAAAAUUGGAAUUUAGUUGAAAAUGCUCAAAUAUAUUACAUUGGAGGGUUCAUAGUUCCUGUCAGCUCAGAGGCUGUUUUGGCUGUAGCAAAACAUGCUGCUGAAAAUGGAAAAACAGUCGUAAUGAAUCUUCACGCCACUUUCCUUUGCAAGUAUUUUGCCGAUCCAGAACUUAAUCUGAUGCAGUAUGUCGAUGUACUUUUUGGGAAUUCAGAUGAAGCGGCAGAAUUUGCCAAGUGUCAAGGAUUCGAGUCGUCAGACUUGAAGGACAUUGCAAAGUUAACGGCAAAUCUACCCAAAGCAAACAAGAACAAACAACGCACAAUUGUAUUUACACAAGGAAAGGCGUCAACUGUUACAUGCCAUAAAGGGGAGAUAACUGUGUUUCCGGUGGUACCUGCAGAACGUAGCCUUAUAAAAGACACCAACGGCUGUGGUGAUGCCUUUGUGGGAGGAUUUCUAUCUCAAUUGGUGAAGAAUAAAUCUCUAGAGGAAUGCAUGCGAUGUGGUGCUUAUGCUGCUAAAGUUGUAAUUCAACAUUUUGGUUGUAACUAUCCAGAAAAACCUGACUUCCAAUGAUGACUUAUAUAAUUUGUAACAUUUACACUCAACGCCAAUAUGAUAUUUUACAAAGUACUUUUAGGUUGUAUUGUAAACUUCAAAACAUGGUUGGUAUGGUUCAACUUUAUUUUAAAUAUCUCUAUCAAAUUCUAAAAAAAAAGUAAGUUAAAUUCAAAUCUAUUAUUAAUUUUUAUUUCAUUACAUUUGUAACAUGAUGACACUUUUGAAAAAAAAAAAAAAUAUCAAGAUCAGUUUCCUACCCUUUAAAAUUGUUAUACCAUACAAUUAAUCAUGCUACAUAUUCAUACUGAGAAAGUUUUUUUUUGUUUUAGAGAGAACAGGUUCUAGCAUGUAAAUAAAUAGCUAUACGUGUACUUUAAAGUCAGAGCUUUCUUUGCUGACUAUAUACAUGUAUACUGUAAUAUUUUUAUAUAUAAUUUACUUCAUGAAUGUUCUGUAUCAAUUUCUUGCCACGAGUAUUAGAAUGAAGAAGUAUCCAAGUAAUUUCAUUAUCUCAAAAAAAAAAAAAAAAAUGGUGCAAAAUUAAAAUAAAGAAAUUAAACUGGAUAAAGACUAGAACAUGAAGUAAAGAUGUUAAGUUUCUUAACGUUUUUAUUUUAUUACUACUAUUGAAAUGACAUUAAUAAAUAAAGGGGAAAAAAACAAUACAUGUACUGUACAUACCCAGCCAGUGACUCUAGAUUGAGCUACUGAAUGUGUACCUGUAUAGGGUACUGUAUGUACAAUAGUUUAUUCUAACAAAGGAUACUUAAUUGUUAUCAUGUACAAUUUAUUUUUCUUAUUGUUGUGUUGAUUAGCGGAUGCAAGCUUUUUAAAGUACCUGCUCUGGAAUGAUCAUGAUUUUGAAAGCUUGAAAUGUUGAUGCUCAAUUGCUCAUCAUUAAUAAUACUCUAGUUUUUAUACCUCCUUAAGGUACAUUGUAUAUACAGUAGUUUUCUAUACUGCCACUGUGAUAAAACACUUAUCACUUACUACCUAUGCAGAGUCAUCACUCAUAGGUAGAUCAGGGCCCAGUUGUUCAAAAGUUGAUUAGCUUAAUCACUUAUAGUGAAAAUCUCAUUUCACCUUUACUUCAAAUCCUAUGUGUGUAUAUCCUAAAAAUAAGCAGGUAUGAAGAGACUGGUAGGUGUUAUAGUUUAAGAAAAUUUUCUCAAAUAAUUUUUACCAGAAAUCAUUUUAUCAGGAUUUUAAUAUUGUAGUUAAACUGUGACAAGCCUAAUCACCUUUUGAACAACUGGGCCCCGUUAGGUUAGCUAGUUAACCCUAUAUAGCAUGAAACAAAUUAGUCUUUUAAUAUGCCAUGUUGUUCUUAUUUACGUGUAGGUGGAAGGAUAACGGGUAUGUGAUAUAUUGUAGUAGUAGCUACGGAAUAAAUUGACUUCUUUAUUACAUUUCUUUACAUGAAUAAAACAAUUUUUAUUGACA